AUGAAGGUCGCUGUCCACGAACGACAGCAUCCGCUGGGCGGCAUGGCCCAGCGCUUCUACCGCCCCCCGCCCGAGUUUGCCCAAGCCUCGUCGAAUGCCGUGCUCGAGGCUAUUGUCGAGCCCGUGCGUGUGGACAGCGCGUCGCCGUCCGCGCACCUCACGAACUGGGCGCGCACCUUUGCCACCGAUGACGCGUCGACCGACGACGGCGCGUUUUCUCAGGUCACGCGCCACGUAUUCGCACCGAGCAGUAUCGAGCAUGUCGUGGCGAUCGUCGAACUCGCCCGCCGGCAUGCGAUGCCGAUCCGCGCCGUCGGUCGUCGGCACUCGCCCUCCGACCUGCCCUUCUCCCUCGGCUGGACCGUACGCACGGAUGAAUUACACGGCAUCGUGCACCUCGACACACGCAAGCGCGAAGUAUGCGUCUUAGCCGGCACGUACAUCGAGACGCUGACCGCGUCGCUCGCAAAGCACGGCUUCGGCUUCUCAAAUCUCGGGUCGAUUAGCCAGCAGACGAUCGCCGGCCUCAUCUCGACCGCCUCCCACGGCUCUGGCAUCCACUUCCCGGCCAUGUCCGCGUACGUGCGCGCCCUCGACGUGGUCUGCCCUCUCGCGAGCGGUACGCAGGUCGUGCACUGCGAUCGCGACGAGCGCCCCGAUUUGUUCAAUGCCUCGCUCUGUGGCCUCGGUGCGACCGGCGUCAUCGUCACGGUCACACUCGCGAUAGAGCCAGCCUUCCGACUCCGCCAGGUGUGUGAGGACGUGCCGGAAGACGAACUGCUCGGCGCACCCGACGAUGCAUCACUGCUUUGCGCACCGGAUCAGCUGUCCGUCGAGCCAUACGACACGUUCAUCGAGCAUCCAUCGUGGCUCGGCACGAUGCUCGCUCACGGCGUGCCGCUGCCAUCGCCGCCCACCCUCGCGCAGGCGCCCACGUCCAAGGGUCCCGCGCAUGUGUACCCCUUUGAGCCAGCGAGUGCCGCGCCGCCUGCGCUCAUCCCCUGGCACGUUGCCUCGGUCCAGGCGCACAUCGAGUCGCUCGUGGCAUCCGCGGAGCAUGUGCGUUUCCUGUGGUCGCCCCAUGCGCACAUGAUCACGGUAGAUCGCGCCUCCCGCACCGACGAGCGCCGCACGCCGACGCAGACCUCGCUCAUCGCACCGCCCCUCAUCAAGGCGCUCCUCUUUGCCUCGCGCUUCCACGCCUCGCUGCCAGCACCCGUGUCUCGCGCGGCAUUUGCGCUCACGCAUGCACGAGCACCGCCCGUGCCGCGCAACGAGCUUGAUACACCAGGUGGGCUGCGCCCCGUGCGCACCGACACCGCCAUCAGCGUGCGUGUCGACGACGCGCCCCGCGUAUUCAACUUUGACUGCUUGUGCGAGCAGUACACAACCGAGUAUGCUGUGCCAUUCGAGUACACGGGCGCCGCGCUCGUGGCCAUUCGCGCAUGGCUCCAGGAAGAGCAUGCACGCCCGGAUGGCGAGCGCAUCCACUUCCCUAUCGAGGUGCGCUUUGUCGAUGCUGAUGGGAUCUGGCUGAGUCCUAGCUAUGGCCGCCGCACCUGCUACAUUGGGUUGGUGCAGUACCGGCCGUAUCGAUGGCCCGUGCGGUACCGACGCCUGUUUGCCCGCUUCGAGGCGCUGAUGCGCCAGUUUGACGGACGACCGCACUGGGCCAAGACACACACAGCGUAUCGGCCCGAGCUGCUGACGCUCUACCCCCACUUGCCCGACUGGCUGCGCACCGUCGCGACCUAUGAUCCACAGCGCUUGCUCGUCAAUCCGUACGUCGCGCGCCAUCUUCUCGAUGAGCAUGCCGCAGGGCGUCAAGGCACCUUCCGCCGGCGUCGUUGCCGUCUAUAG